AAGGCCAAAUUACCCUCCAAAACGGCCCAACCAAAAAACGAAAAAAGGAAAAAAAACUUUAGCAAAAAAACACGAAAAACCCCUUAAUUCUAUGUAAAUCACGAGGACAGAGUUAGUUCCUGUUUUUUGUUUUCUUUUCCAGAUCGUAGGAACAUUGUAAGCUCUGGAUUUUGGGUAUCACUGAUCGCGGCCACAAAACAGCAUUGCUUCGAUCUCGAUCGCGGAUUCUAACAGUUUCUUAUAUUGUUCGAUUUGGCGUCAAAAUCUGAAUGAUUGAUAUGAAGAUUGGGAUUUUUUCGAGGGCGAUUUCGGUUCUCGUUGUUAUGAUUAUUUGAUUUUGCUUGAAAUCGAUCUGCAUUGUGCGUAUCUGAUCGGGAAUCUCCGUGAUUUCAUACAUAGAAAUCGGUUUGGUGAUUCUGAAGAUCCGAGAUUUUGAAUUCGACCACUGGUUUGAAAGGCAUUGUGGAUUUUGAGAGGGCGAGGUUUUAGAUAUGGAUCCAUUAUCAUCAAUCAGCGAAGAGCUUGCGGAGAUUGACGGCCAAAUCAGCGACAUUUUCCGGGCUUUAUCAAAUGGAUUUCAGAAGUUGGAGAAGAUUAAGGACUCCAAUAGGCAGAGUAGGCAGCUGGAGGAGCUCACGGGAAAGAUGCGAGAAUGUAAGAGGCUUAUUAAGGAGUUCGACAGAGAGGUCAAGGAUAUGGAAAGUAGAAAUGAUCCAAACACCAACAGGAUGCUUAAUGAGAAAAAGCAGUCUAUGAUUAAGGAGUUGAAUUCAUAUGUGGCUUUAAAGAAACAAUAUACAGCAAAUCUAGAUAACAAAAGAAUUGACCUUUUUGAUGGGCCAGCAGAGGAACACGGAGAAGAAAAUGUCCUGUUAGCCUCGAAUAUGACCAAUCAACAGCUUGUGGAUAAUGGACACCGAAUGAUGGAUGACACAGAUCAAGCCAUUGAGAGGUCAAAAAAGGUUGUUCAAGACACCAUCAAUGUUGGAACAGAGACAGCAGCAGCUCUCAAGGCUCAAACUGAACAAAUGAGUAGGAUUGUUAAUGAGCUGGACUCUAUCCAUUUCUCAAUCAAGAAAGCAUCUCAGCUGGUGAAGGAAAUUGGUAGGCAGGUUGCAACUGACAGGUGUAUUAUGGCCUUACUUUUCCUAAUUGUCGCUGGAGUCAUAGCGAUCAUUAUAGUGAAGGUCGUGAAUCCAAACAACAAGUCCAUCCGGGAUAUACCUGGAUUGGCCCCUCCGGCAAUGAAUCGAAAGCUACUUUGGGACCAUAUCUAGGAAGAAUUAAGGAAAUGACCUAUUUCACGUGGUUGUUGAAGACAAAACUGAGUAUGGAUGAUGUUUUGAGCCCCCGGUUUUAUAAAAGGGAUGAAGGUCAGGUAAUGGAAUUGUUUCUUGGGUAGUUUGUGCUUUAGAGACUUGGCCGACAUUCCCAAAUGCCUGUCUCCUUACUAUUGUUGAUCCUUGCUGAUUAGUUUCAUUUGGGUGAGAUCUGUAUGGUCAUUUUCUUUUUCUUCCGGGACUUAAAAUGCUGUAUUUUUAUUUAAAGGAAGGGAUACCUAUGAUGUCUC